AUGGCUGGCCAGGCCUGCAAAUUCUCUCACCUCCGUAAACGGGUCCAUCGCCCCAGACGUCGCGUGUGGACUAUGAGACGAUGGAAACGGUGGUUCAAAUUCAGUAACAGAAAAGAAGGAGUGAAAAGGCCAAGACCUAACCAUAAGGCAGUGGCAAGACAGAUUAAACUCAAGUUCUCUACCUCAAAAAAGCUCCACUGGCCUGAGCAAGAACAUGCUAAGAAGUCUAUUUUAAAUGCAGAAGAUUCAUUGAUCAUCGACAGCAAAAGAAGUAUUUCACAUUUAUCCCCUGGAAUACUAAAGGACAUUUUCACAACUGGAACCAGUAGUUACAAUGUCCUGCUACAGAGCAAGGAGGAGAAAAAGCAUCACUCACAAAAACAGUCGUCUUCCACCUACUCCAAAAGAUGUAGAAAACCCAACAAAUCUCCUAGCUCUUCCCGUAGUAAAGAUUCUCGCAGGAUGAAAGCCCCAGUGCCUGUGACGAGCAGUGGUACUUGGUACUGCCUGGAGAGGCAGCCUGCUGUUUUUGUCACUAGUUCAGUGUCAAGUCCUGUGAAGUUUACACAUGAUAUCUCUGUUACAGGGAACAGCAUAGUACUGCCACCUAAACCCCAAAGCAAGAUCAAGCGGCGCCAUUUCUCCACUCUCCUAAAGCCAAAGCAGUCGCCUCAGCUGUCUAGAAGUUUUGAGAAAGGAGAUGACUUUUCUGGAAAGAAAUUUUGUAUAUUGACUGCUAUAAAGCCCACCAAUUUAGAGAAAGAAAAACUGAGGUUCUUCAAAUCUGACUAUACCUACAAUCCUCAGUUUGAAUAUGCUAAUCCUGCUCUGCCAAAUGUGUUAGCCAAGCACAGCAUCGCAUCUGACCGAUUUCUUAAGCAGAUCGUAGUUCAUCUAACUGAGGACCUGCUUUCCCGAGCUUCAAUGACAGUAGUGAAUGGAUGUCCCACUCUGACCAUCAACGUUGCCACUGCGCGGGAGCAUUGGCUGGAGGGAAUGCUGAGGCAUGAAAUAGGCACACAUUAUUUUCGAGGUAUUAACAACCUCCAGCAGCCAUGGAACAGUUGGACUGGCCGUAAGAAACAUGAGCUAAAGCCAAACAAUCCCACAGAGGAAGGACUGGCAAGUAUUCACAGUGUCCUGUUUAGAAAAGAUCCCUUUUUAUGGAGGGCUGCCCUCCUGUACUACACUGUUUAUCAAGCCAGCCAAUUGUCUUUUUGCGAACUCUUCAGAGAUAUUGGCAGGUUUGUCAAGGACCCCAAUACAAGAUGGGAUUAUUGUGUACGAGCCAAGAGGGGAUGGACUGAUACUUCCCAACCAGGGUGUUUCAGUAAAGACCAGGUAUACUUGGAUGGAAUCCUUCAAAUCCUCCGAUACAGAGAGACCAUAGACUUUCAUCUGCUGACCGCUCUGGGGAAGGUUUCUUACGAAGAUGUGGAUCGCUUAAAAGGAUUGGCAGUUAUUGAAAACAUGAGGGUCCCUCACUUCCUGCAGGACCAUGGCCGGUAUAUGGAACACUUAGAGAAGAUCAUGGAAGUGAAUGAACUGACCGACAGGGAACUGAAAGAUCUUAUAUAG